AUGGCGUCACUGUGUGUCGCCGCCGCCGCGGCAACCACGGCGAGGCCAAGCAGCAGCGGUGGGAGAGGGCGCCUCCUCAGGGUCGCCGCCAUGGCCACCCAGAAGGGCCAGAAGCCGACGGCCAAGACCGUCUCCGGCACGAGAAGAUCGGGCACGACGACGGUGUUCCCACUGGGCGAGCCGGGCCCGCGUCCGGCGACGACGAGCGGCAAGAAGGCGCCGGUGAAGCUGCUGACGAACGUGGAGAAGCUGCGGCUGCUGACAAAGGCAGAGCGCGCGGGCCUGCUGUCGGCGGCGGAGCGCGCGGGGCUGUCGCUGUCGGCGGUGGAGCGGCUGGGCCUGCUGUCCAAAGCGGAGGAGCUGGGCGCGCUGUCGGCGGCCGCGGACCCGGGCACGCCGGGGGCGCUGCUGGCGCUCGCGCUCCCGCUGCUGGCCGCGGGCCCCGCCGUCGUGUACCUCGUCCCCGAGGAGCAGGCGUGGCAGGUGGCGCUGCAGGCCGUCGCCGCGCUCGUCUGCGUCGUCGGUGGCGCCGCCGCGGUCGCCGCGUCCACGUUCGUGUCCAGGCUGCAGGGCUCCUCCAGCUGA